ACAUUCUGCUGAGAGUCAUCAAUUAUGCAGGGAAACUGCUCGCACUGAGGGAGAAGAUCGCAGCAACAAUAUGGCGACAACCGCAGUUUCUCCCAAAUCUUUUCCACAUCUGCAGUCCUGCUACGGCUUCCCGGAUUCAUUGUAACGCCAACAAAAGCUGCUACUGUAGAUGGUACAAACCUGAAGACCAAGUAGCUGCAGGAUGAAAACAUGGCUGCACCCCUUCUUGCACCGCCAGGACCUGAUAGCUUCAAGAAGUUUACCCCGGAAUCUUUGGCGACCCUCGAGCAGCGCAUCAAUGAGGAGAAAAACAAGAAGCCGCCCAAGCCGGACAACAGCUACCGAGACGACGAUGACGAGAACAAACCCAAGCCCAACAGCGACCUGGAGGCUGGGAGGAGUCUGCCCUACAUAUAUGGGGACAUCCCUAAAGGACUGGUGGCGGUACCACUGGAGGACCUGGACCCAUACUACGUGAACUCUCAGAAAACAUUUAUAGUGCUAAAUAGAGGGAAGACAAUCUUCCGUUUUAGUGCCAACCCUGCCUUGUACUUCAUAAGUCCUUUUAAUCUGGUUAGGCGAAUAGCUAUUAAAAUUUUGAUACAUUCUCUUUUCAGCAUGAUCAUUAUGUGUACUAUUUUGACCAACUGUAUAUUCAUGACCUUUAGUGAUCCUCCUGAGUGGUCCAAACAAGUAGAGUAUACAUUCACGGGGAUUUAUACAUUUGAGUCGCUUGUAAAAAUCUGCGCACGAGGAUUCUGUAUAGACGGGUUUACUUUCCUCAGAGAUCCAUGGAACUGGCUGGAUUUCAUGGUCAUUUCGAUGGCGUAUAUAACAGAGUUUGUAAACCUAGGCAAUGUCUCAGCUCUGCGCACGUUCAGGGUGUUGAGGGCAUUGAAAACUAUUUCUGUAAUUCCAGGCCUGAAGACCAUUGUGGGCGCCCUGAUCCAGUCUGUGAAGAAGCUUUCGGAUGUGAUGAUCCUGACAGUCUUCUGCCUGAGCGUCUUUGCCCUCAUUGGUCUUCAGCUCUUCAUGGGCAACCUGCGCCACAAGUGUGUGUUCUGGCCAGUCAACAUCACCGAGAGCCACCUGGCCAACGGCAGCAAGGGCUUUGACUGGGACGAGUACAUCAUGAACGACACCAAUUUCUACUUCCUCCCUGGCCAACUGGAUGCUCUUCUCUGUGGGAACAGCUCAGACUCUGGCCGCUGCCCGGAGGGCUACACAUGCAUGAAAGCUGGGAGGAAUCCAAACUACGGCUACACCAGCUUUGACAGCUUCGGCUGGGCCUUCCUUGCUCUCUUCCGACUCAUGACACAGGACUUCUGGGAAAACCUUUACAUGCUGACACUGAGGGCCGCAGGGAAGACCUACAUGAUCUUCUUUGUGCUGGUGAUCUUUGUGGGUUCCUUCUACUUGGUGAAUCUGAUUCUGGCUGUGGUGGCCAUGGCUUACGAAGAGCAGAAUCAGGCUACCAUGGAAGAGGCCCUGCGGAAGGAGGAGGAAUUCAAGGCCAUGUUGGACCAGCUUAAGAGACAGCAGGAGGAUGCUCAGGCUGCAGCCAUGGCAACCUCUGCGGGCACAGUGUCAGAAGAUGCAGUGGAGGACGACGGAGGAGGGCGACUGUCGUGUAGUUCAUCCGAGAUGUCAAAGCUAAGCUCAAAGAGUGCCAAAGAGCGGCGCAAUCGUAAGAAGAAAUGGCGGCAGAAAGAGCAGGAGAAGGAGAAAGGCGACAGUGAGAAGUUUGUCAAAUCCGAGUCAGAUGAUGGCAGCAAGAGGAGCCGCUUCCGUUUUCCUGAUAAUCGCCUGGGUCGAAAGUCUUCCAUUAUGAACCAGUCCCUCCUCAGUAUUCCCGGCUCGCCUUUCCUGUCCCGCCACAACAGCAAGAGCAGCAUCUUCAGUUUCAAGGGCCGUAACAAGGAUGUGGGAUCAGAGAACGAAUUUGCCGACGACGAACACAGCACAGUGGAGGAGUGCGAGGAGCGACGGGGCUCCCUGUUCAGCCCUUAUCGAAGGAACAGCUACAGCGGCUUUCAUGGGAAGAGGAACAGCACGGUGGAUUGCAACGGCGUGGUGUCACUCAUCGGUCCUGGGCCGGGUGGACGCCUUCUGCCUGAGGUGAAAAUAGAUAAGGCAGCUACUGACGACAGUCCAACUACUGAGGUUGAGGUGAAGAAGAAGCUGUCGGGCUCCCUGAUGGUGUCUGUGGACCAGCUCAAUACCUCCUUUGGGCGGAAAGAGCGGGCCAACAGUGUCAUGAGCGUCAUUACCAACACACUAGUGGAGGAACUGGAGGAGUCUCAGCGCAAGUGUCCACCAUGCUGGUAUAAGUUUUCUAACACAUUCCUGAUCUGGGAGUGCUCCCCCAACUGGAUUAAGAUCAAGGAGAUAGUGAACCUGAUUGUCAUGGACCCCUUCGUGGACUUAGCCAUCACCAUCUGUAUCGUCCUCAACACCCUCUUCAUGGCGAUGGAGCACUACCCUAUGACCCCGGACUUUGAACACAUGCUGUCUGUGGGCAAUCUGGUGUUCACGGGGAUCUUUGCAGGAGAGAUGCUUUGUAAGCUGAUUGCCAUGGAUCCGUACUACUACUUUCAAGAGGCCUGGAACUGUUUCGAUGGUUUCAUUGUUACUCUGAGUUUAGUCGAGCUGGCUCUGGCUGACGUAGAAGGCCUGUCUGUCCUGCGGUCAUUCCGAUUGCUGAGAGUGUUUAAGCUGGCGAAGUCAUGGCCUACCCUCAACAUGCUGAUCAAGAUCAUCGGUAACUCUGUUGGAGCCUUGGGGAAUCUGACUCUGGUGUUGGCCAUCAUCGUCUUCAUCUUUGCUGUGGUGGGCAUGCAGCUGUUCGGCAAGAGCUACAAAGACUGUGUGUGUAAAAUUGCUAUCGACUGUGAGCUUCCCCGCUGGCACAUGAACGACUUCUUCCACUCCUUCCUGAUCGUCUUCCGGGUGCUGUGCGGUGAAUGGAUCGAGACAAUGUGGGACUGCAUGGAGGUGGCAGGUCAGGGCAUGUGCCUCAUCGUCUUCAUGAUGGUCAUGGUCAUCGGUAACCUUGUGGUGUUGAACCUGUUCCUUGCCUUGUUGCUGAGCUCAUUCAGUGCUGACAACUUGGCUGCUACAGAUGACGAUGGUGAGCCUAACAACCUGCAGAUUUCCGUCAUGCGCAUCAAGAUAGGCAUAGCAUGGAUAAAAGCAAAGAUGCGGAUACUGGUUGCCAAUCUGCUGAGAAAACCACUGGUGGAGGAUGAACAGAAGCCUUUAGACGACAUGUAUGACAAGAAGCUGAACUGCAUUGCUAACCACACCGGGGUAGACAUCAACCGUGACCUGGACUAUGUCAAGAAUGGUAAUGGUACCACCAGUGGUAUUGGCAGCAGCGUGGGCAAGUACAUGAUUGACGAGGACCACAUGUCAUUCAUCCACAACCCCAACCUGACUGUCUGCGUGCCCAUAGCAGUGGGAGAGUCUGACUUUGAGAAUCUCAACACUGAGGACUUCAGCAGCGAGUCAGAAAAUGAGAACAGCAAAGAGCUGGACGACACCAGUUCAUCCGAGGGCAGCACCAUUGACAUCAAGCCAGAUGUAGAGGAGGUGGUGGUGGUGGAGACGGUGGAAGAGUACUUGGAACCAGAGGCCUGUUGGACAGAUGCAUGUGUGGCUAAAUACAAGUGCUGCGAUGUCGAUAUCACUUUUGGCUGGUGGAAGCUCUGGUGGUUCCUGAGGAAAACUUGCUACCUGAUUGUGGAGCACAACUGGUUUGAGACCCUCAUCAUCUUCAUGAUCCUCCUCAGUAGUGGCGCCCUGGCGUUUGAGGACGUGUACAUCGAGCAGAGGAAAACCAUUAAGAUCAUUUUGGAGUAUGCUGACAGGGUUUUCACCUACAUCUUCAUCCUGGAGAUGUUGCUGAAAUGGGUUGCCUACGGCUUUGUCAAGUAUUUUACCAAUGCCUGGUGUUGGCUGGACUUCUUCAUUGUGGAUGUGUCUAUAGUCAGCCUUGUAGCUAAUGCGCUGGGCUACUCCGAUCUAGGGCCCAUUAAAUCACUCAGGACACUAAGGGCCUUGAGACCCCUCAGAGCCUUGUCACGUUUUGAAGGGAUGAGGGUGGUAGUCAACGCCUUGGUGGGUGCCAUCCCUUCCAUUAUGAAUGUGUUGCUGGUUUGCCUCAUCUUUUGGCUGAUUUUCAGUAUCAUGGGGGUCAACUUGUUUGCGGGAAAGUACUACUACUGUUUCAAUGAGACUUCAGAGGAAUACUUUCCCGUCGACGAAGUCAACAACAAGACCCAGUGCGUGGCCCUCAUGGAACAAAACUAUACGGAGGUCAGGUGGAAGAAUGUCAAGAUCAACUUUGACAAUGUGGGCGCUGGUUACCUGGCCCUGUUGCAAGUGGCCACAUUCAAAGGCUGGAUGGACAUUAUGUAUGCUGCUGUGGAUUCAAGAAAUGUGGAAGACCAGCCUGACUAUGAAGUCAACAUCUACAUGUACAUCUAUUUUGUUGUAUUCAUCAUAUUCGGCUCCUUCUUCACCCUGAACCUCUUCAUUGGUGUGAUCAUUGAUAACUUCAACCAGCAAAAGAAAAAGUUUGGAGGUCAGGAUAUCUUCAUGACAGAAGAACAGAAAAAGUAUUACAAUGCCAUGAAAAAACUGGGCUCUAAAAAGCCACAGAAACCUAUUCCUCGACCACAGAACAAGAUCCAGGGCAUGGUGUUUGACUUUGUGACGCAGCAAGUCUUUGACAUCUCCAUCAUGAUACUCAUCUGCCUCAACAUGGUCACCAUGAUGGUGGAAACAGACGAUCAGUCGGAUGAAACGGAGAACGUCCUCUACUGGGUCAACUUCAUCUUCAUUGUAGUCUUCACCACCGAGUUCCUGCUGAAGCUCUUUGCCCUCCGCCACUAUUACUUCACCAAUGGCUGGAACAUCUUUGAUGUGGUCGUGGUCAUCCUUUCUAUUGUUGGCAUGUUCCUGGCUGACCUAAUAGAAAAGUACUUUGUGUCACCGACCUUGUUCAGGGUGAUCCGGCUGGCUCGUAUUGGUCGUAUCCUCCGCCUGAUCAAAGGUGCUAAAGGCAUACGGACUUUACUAUUUGCUCUGAUGAUGUCACUGCCUGCCUUGUUCAACAUUGGUUUACUGCUCUUCCUGGUCAUGUUUAUCUUCUCCAUCUUUGGCAUGUCUAACUUUGGCUACGUAAAACAUGGAGCGGGAAUUGACGACCUCUACAACUUUGAGACCUUUGGCAACAGCAUGAUAAUUCUGUUCAUGAUCACCACGUCAGCUGGAUGGGAUGGCUUGCUACUGCCAAUCCUCAACUACCCACCUGACUGCAACCCUAAUUUUGAGAACCCUGGUACAACUGUGAAGGGCGACUGUGGCAACCCAUCAGUAGGAAUCUUCUUUUUCGUCAUGUACAUCAUCAUUUCUUUCCUGAUUGUCGUCAACAUGUACAUUGCCAUCAUCCUGGAGAACUUCAGUGUGGCCACAGAGGAAAGCGCUGAUCCAUUGAGUGAGGAUGACUUCGAGACCUUCUAUGAGAUCUGGGAGAAGUUCGACCCCACAGCCUCUCAGUUCAUCACUUUUGCCAAACUGUCGGACUUUGCUGACACACUGGAGCAUCCACUUCGUGUGCCAAAGCCCAACACUAUAGAACUAAUUGCCAUGGACCUGCCCAUGGUGAGUGGUGAUCGCAUUCACUGCCUCGACAUCCUGUUUGCCUUCACAAAGCGAGUGCUGGGUGACAGUGGUGAGUUGGACAUGCUGAGGCAACAGAUGGAGGAGCGUUUUGUGGCAGCCAACCCCUCCAAGGUGUCUUAUGAACCCAUCACCACCACUCUCCGCCGCAAACAGGAGGAUGUCUCUGCCAGAACUAUCCAGAAUGCCUACCGUGCACACCUCAUCAGGCGAGGCAUCAUCUUCAAGCGCCACUUUGCUAACAAUAGGCUUGAGAACGGAGGGACCAACCAAGAGAAGAAGGGGAGCACACCAUCCACUGCCUCUCUCCCCUCUUACGACAGCGUGACCAAACCCGACAAGGAGAAGCAGGACGACAACAAGGAAGAGUGGGCCAGGAAAGAUAAGGACAAAAACCAAAAAGAUGAGUGGGAAUCUAAGUGUUAGGAUUCAGUGACUCAAAAUCCAAUGAAACAGUGAGAUGAGACCCUGAGCCCAAACCCAACAAAUGUAGAAAGUGAUCAUUUGCAAGAAUCAUAAAACAAACAAAACAAAAACAUACAAAAAAAAUGUUUACAGACUCAAACACUACUGAGGCAAUGUGGGUUUUUUUAUGUCGUCGAAGAGAGCUGAACCAAACACAAUCAGUUUACCACGGAAGUUUGCUGCAUAGUGACCAAGUUAAUAGAAAUGAAAAACAAAUAACAAAAAAACACAAAAAAAAAAACAA